UGAGCGCUGUGGGAUCAGAGUUUUACCGAUUUGUCCUGUGUUAGCCACUUGGGGACUUUUUAUGCUGUAGCUCGCUUUUAUCCGUAAUUUUUUUUAUCACCAUGUCGGUGGCUUUUGCACCUCACAGACAGCGAAAGGGUGAUAUAACACCCGCUGGAAUACAAAAGUUACUUGAUGAAAACAACCAGCUGAUCCAGUGUAUUAUGGACUUCCAGAGUAAAGGCAAAACAGCCGAAUGUUCUCAUUAUCAACAGAUGCUGCACAGAAAUUUAGUGUAUCUGGCUACGAUAGCAGACUCCAAUCAAAACGUACAGUCUCUCCUCCCUGCUCCACCCACUCAAAACAUGUCCAUGGGUCCUGGUGGCAUGAACCAGAGCGGACCCUCUCCUCAGCCCCCUCACGGUCACAACAUGCCCUCUGAGGGGAUGGUUAGUGGUGGCCCUCCAGCUCCCCAUAUGCAGAACCAGAUGAAUGGACAGAUGCCUGGUCCUAAUCAUAUGCCCAUGCAAGGUCCUGGUCCGGGUCCCAACCAGCCUCCAAAUAUGCCCAGCGGCUCCAUGAACAUGCCCCCCAGCAGCCAUGGCUCUAUGGGUGUUUACAAUCACGCGGUGCCCUCUUCGCAGGGCAUGCCAGCUCAGAGCCAGAUGAACAUGACCCAGGGUCAACCUAUGGGAAGCUACGGGCCUCGACCAAACAUGAACAUGCAACCUACUCAAGGUCCCAUGAUGCAUCAGCAGCCUCCAUCACAGCAGUACAACAUGCCUCCUGGUGGUGGUGGACAACACUACCAAGGGCAACAGAAUCCAAUGGGUAUGAUGGGCCAGGUCAAUCAAGGGAACCAUGUCAUGGGACAGAGACCAAUGCCACCUUACAGACCUCCGCAGCAAGGACCCCCCCAGCAGUACCCAGGGCAGGAAGACUACUAUGGGGACCAGUACAGUCACGCAGGACAGGGAGCCUCAGAAGGUAAUGCACAGUAUGGCCAGCAACAAGAAGCAUACCAGCAAGGCCCGCCACAACAGCAGGGAUAUCCUCCUCAACAGCAGUAUCCAGGUCAACAAGGCUACCCACCACAGCAGCAGGGUUAUGGUCCCUCCCAAAGUGGCCCAGGACAGUAUCCUAACUACCCACAGGGUCAGGGUCAGCAGUACGGGGGCUACCGUCCCCCUCAGCCCGGACCCCCACAGGGCCAACAGCAGCGCCCGUAUGGUUAUGACCAGGGGCACAUGAGGAAAUAAAGAAGCGGGGAUUUGAACCCCUGACUAGCUCUAUAAGAAGCAAAGGGCCAGUAUGGAAAUUACCAGCAAUGAGAAAUGGUCACAGUUUACCUACACAACUCCUCUCUGAUCUCUGAGUUUUGACCUCUGGUCAACUGCUAAGCAGACAAUAAUGAUGGUUUCAGCUCAGAUCCUCCCGGACACAAACACGCAUAUGAAUACAAGAUAUGUUUUCCCCUUUUUGGGCUUUUAUCCUCUCCAGCAAAAUGUGUUCCUGUUCGUCAUGCACAUGUCAAAGUCAGUGACCUUGCUCCAGUGUCUCAAAGCGGCAAUGCCUUAACAAAAAAUAAACAAACAAAUGGAACUGCCUUAUCCUUUAGCAUUGCAGAGUGAGGAAUGUGGCAACAAAGAUUUUUGGACACCAAAACUGAAAUGUCAAAUUUUCAAUGUGUUUGAGUGCAUCAGUUCCCUGCCCUUCAACUCUCCAAUCACAAGAAGCAAUAACGUAGGGAUUUGCUCGGGGGUUUGAAGACGAAAAGAUGCACCAGGCAAAUUUCCAACUAGGCCAAUGGUACAUGUCUCAGUGUAUGUGAUAAUGUAAAGAAAAAAACAACUGUUAUUUUGUGCUUUUUAGAUCAAGCUAACUUUGUAUAAGAUGUUGAAAACUAGUACUAAGCCUGUGUCGUUUAUUUUAAAGAAGCGUAUGUGUCCCUCUUUUUUUUUUUAAAGCUUUUUAAUGAUGGUGAAUCCCAUACAGUUUUCUUUCUUUAUUGAAUUGUAUGACUAAUAAAUUAGAUCUGCAACAUAUGUGACAUAGCUCUGUAUAAAUCAAUAUUUUAUGAAAAAUGCCAUAGAUAAAAUUUCCUUAAAAACAAUAUGGGCAGCAUAAGACAACCCAUAAAAACAGAAGUGUUAAGUGAGAUAUUUUUCUGUCCUUUUUUUUUUUUUUUACCACAGUACCUGACAAAAUAAGGCCUUCUUCCUUAACAGUUCUCAGAGAGGUAAUACUGUAUGUAGCAGAUUGUAAAUUAAUCUCAGUUGGGAGUUUUUUUUUAUUAUUAUUAUUAUUUUCUGAAAAUAUCGACAGCUUGUUUGAAGAGUGGUAAAUGGGAAAGCCCAACAUGAUUUAUUUUCUAAGAUUAUGUUUUGUUUUUAUUAGCCUGUUAUUUGACAAUGCUGGAAUCAUGUCGCCCCCUUUGAAGAAAUGUCUGAGUUGAUGUCAUUCAAGUAGUGUUUUGUGUGAAUAAUGAAUAUUGUUACUGUCAAAUAUGUAACAUAAUAUGUGAAAAUAAUGUUCUGAAGUGGAUUCCUUCAACACAGUAAAGACUGGUUGUGCAGUUUUAUAUCACUGGCUUGAUAUCUGUAUUAUGGUGCAUAUUUUAUUGAUCCCAUAUGUACAGCAACGUAAAGAUGAGGAACUGACAGUCCUCUGAUAUUGUUUAUAUGGCUGUUUUAAUAUUUUUCAGUCUGCACCCCAUUCAAGUGGAGGUCACAUAAUGUGUCUUGGCAAUGUGAACUGUACAUUCAAAUAAAUUGGAAGAAUCUUUAA